GUGGUGUUGACCUGAAGAAUUUUAUAUGCUUUUGUUCAGUGCACUAGGCGUUUAUUUUUGUCCUAUGCUCUUACGAAAUUGCAUUUCACAAAUUAACGUGUUAUCAUAUAAUAAUGUGUUAAAUUGGAAAAUGUCCUAAAGGAUUCUCAAAUGAUUCCUAAUUUUUGUUUGUGUUUGUUUAGUUAGUACUCCAUUACCAUGAAGAUAUAUUAAACAUUUUUUUAGUUUAGUUUAACAUAAAACUAUCAAAAUGCUUUAUGUGUUCCAUGUGGAUGCUGGUCAAAUGACCACAUAUGAUAUGAACCUCACCUUGCAAAGUGUGGCCAACCUAAAACUUGCUAUCGAGAGGAAAAUCAAAGUUCCAGCAAAUUCUCUGGUCCUCCUUGUGAGUGGAGGAGAGGUGUUACAAUCAGAUCAUAUAGUGUCUUCUUACAGUGCUGGCACUGACACUAACCCUAUAUACAUGUUCAGCAAACCAUCAGUAAAAGAUAGUCGCUUGAAACAGUCAUUGGUGGGUGAUCUCAGUCCAAUUGUGGAACUGAGUACAGGUGCGUUCCGUAGCGAGACUCGUAGCGCAUUCGAAGGCAAGUCUAUUGUUGACUUGAGGAGUUCAGUGGAAAUGUGCUGUUCAUUACCACCAACUGUUCAUACGGUUAUAUCAUGUGCUACAUUAGCUCAGCAGUUCAGUGACCUUGCACAUGAAGUGUCAAGGAGUUGUGACCAGCUUGUUCUGGAACAGCAUUUGCAACAUCAGGGUUGGGCAGCUGUUGUUGCUAACCUAGAAGAUAUCUACAGUGAAUUUUGUGAACGGUCAAAGAGUUUUAAAGAAUCAUUUCGGAAACAUCGUCUAAAAAAGGAAGAGUAUCAUGAAAUGUUAAAUACACUCAAUGACGUAUUAAAAAGUUUAAAAAAGAUCCCAAUCCUCCCUGCGCUUCAAUUACAUGCAGAAGCGCAUCGGUUUUCGGCUUUCGAUGUGUUCGAGGAGACGGACUUUGAGGGACAUCAUUACAGGAUCAAUCAACCAUUGGACAACAGUUCAGAGAAUCGAGCUUACCAAGAUUUCGGUGUUGAAGCAUUUAAAUUGUCUGAAGAAGAUGUUUUUAACCAAAAAAAUCCAUCAACAAGUAAAGAAGCUGAAUCAUCAGAAGAAAUACCACAAACUGAGGAGUCAGAUGAAGGUGUUUUAUUUAAGGCUAAUUCAUAUGAUGAGAAAGAUCAACCAACCUUGUUGCAUUGGAUAUUGGCUCAAGGGAAUAAAGCCUCUUUACAAGAUAUUUUAGAUUACUGUGAAAAAGGAUUAGCUUUGAUCGACGCAGAGCCACUGAAAGAAAGAGAAGCAGAGCUGUAUCAUAUAUUGGAGUAUGCCAACAUGCACGGCUUGAAGCAAAUAAAGGGCAUCGAGGAUCGUCUGUAUGGAUUGGAUCAGCUGUUGAGUGAAGUGAAGAAAAUUGAACGUGAUCAGCAUGAUCAAGCGGCCUCCCUUAUACAGUAUCGUGAUCGUUUAAACACGGCUUGCGACCCGUCGGUGUUGCCGACGCUGGUGCAGUCGCACUGCUGCCAGCUGGAGAAGUUGCUCAGCGGCCACCAGGUGUUGCUCGACAUCCGGCGCCGCAUCGCCAACUCCAAGGAUGAACUCUCACACAUACUCAAGGCUAGAUUGGAGGCGGUGCUGAUGAUCGAGAACUCGAUGUCGGUGCAGGACGCGCACGCGAUGCUGUCGUUCCAGUGCUUCAACCGGCUGGCGAGGUACUUCGGCAUCGUGGCGCAGCUGCACCAGGCACCUGCCGUCUUCGUACGAGCCGCUCACGAGGUAGCACGACGACGAGCGUUCUCCACCUCACAUCUGAAGUGGGCGACAGAUCUCGCGGAGAAGUUGCAGAAAAUCCACGAAGAGGAAGUGAACCGUCGCCAGGAGUUCAAUUCCUUGUUCGAGGGUCACUUCCUCAAGAACCUGUUCCCCGGCAUGACGGAGCUGCCGCCCGCGUACGCGACGCAGGCGCCCCCUGUCUUCGACGCGCGGCUACCGAACAUCAGUGAUGAGGAUGUCGACUAUAUAUCUAAUACUUUCCCAGAUUUAGCUAAAGAUGUACCGCAUUACGAUAUGGAGGCGACAGUCAAGUUCUUUCAUCAAAGACUAUCCGCAUCAGAUCAUGAAGAACGAGACAUCGAUAUUCAAGUGGACCUCGAUAAGGACUUCGAAUCAGAGACGGAAGCAGGUGAUUUCGAAAAGCUGAGUCGUCAAAGCGGUUUGUCGAAGCAAAAGAUGGAUAUAUCAACGACAUGUGCUCCAGAAACUCUGGCAGUAUCCACAUUGACAGAGGAUAAUAUGGACACUCAUAAAAUAAACAUCGAAAAGCUACAAGACUUUCUAAGUAAACUGUGCACUCUUUGUAAAGUUAAUAUAUUGUAUAUAAAAGAAGAAUUAGUUAAAUUAAAAAUGGAUAUUGAUGAACAGAAGAAAUACAUGUCAGGGAAAUAUUUAGAAGUUAUAAAAGAAUGGGACAAGAGUAAUUCAGAGGCAGCUAUCAGGUUUAGAGAGCAGACGCAAAGGCUGACGGUGGAUCAUGAACUGGAAAUGAGCGACAUGAAAGCGUCUCUAACUGACAAAGAUGAAAUAAUUAAUUGUCUUAAAAGAGAAAAUGAAGAAAUGAAAGUACAACAUGAAAUGGACAUAAAAAGACUGGAAACAGAAUGUCAGAGUUAUAAAGAAUUAGUUGAGAAAACCAGAGAAGAGUUAAAAGCGGUGGAGAAGAAUUUAGAAGAAACAGAAGCACAAAAACAAAAGAUGCACAUGGACUUCAAAGCUGAAAUAGAAGUUAUGCGUUCGCGAUUUAGGUUUGUAGCACUUACUAAUAUGGAUAGGUCGCCGUCAGAAUCUAGCUUAGAGAAGAUAGAGCGCGCCGAUGUCAUAGAGAUCAACAGUCACAACGCAAUAGUGAUGCAGACAAAAGAGAACGCGGAGGUGGAGAAGGAAGAGGCGGUCAGAGUAGCAGUGGAGAAGUGUAGAGCGGAAUGCGAACAGAAGAUUACCGCAGAAGUCGCGCUACUUAAAGCGAAAUUCGAAGCUGACAAGCAGGUGACUGUGAACGAGGUGACUCGACGCUUGCUGGCCGAGAAGGAUCGUCAGCUAGAGGCGGGACGAGAGCGCGAGGCCGCGCUGCUGCGGGAGUGCGGCAAACAUCGCGACACCAUCCGGCAGCUCACCGACCCCGACACAGACUCCGCAGACACCAUGCUUAAAACACAGCUUGCAACACUCGAGAACGAAAAGGCAGCACUUCAAACACAAAUUGCGGAGCUUAAGAAAGAGCUGGAAAAGAAGAAUGACGAGGGAGACAAGAGUAGAGAAGAUGACAGUGAGGGAAGCAGAUCGUCGCCGAAGCGGGAGGAGACUUGCGUGCGACGCGGGCGCGCGCGGUGCCACACGCCGUGCGGGCUGGCGGCGGGCGCGCUCAGCCUGUCCUCCUGUCUGCCUGGACACACCGUGCUGCUGCUCUGGGACCCAGCACAUCUCAACUACACCGUCAUGCAGGAGGCGUCGAUGAUGUACUUCGUGCACAGCGACUGCCUGCCGGCGCUGGACCUCAGCAUCCACGUGAAGAACGAGAGCGAGCGCCGCCUCUACACCGUCGCCACCGUUGACUCCAAGGAGUUCUGCUACGCUAAGAAGAAUGGCAACCGGUACCAGAUGCCGCGUGGGUCGCGUUUCUACCGCGUGCGUGUGCGUCCUCUGAGACCGCACCUUCCACUGCCGCCUUGCUGCGACCAGCGACACAAGCAGGAUGCAAUGAAGGGCGGCGUUCUGUCCAUGCUCGCUGAGAACAGACCGCUCAAGAAGUGGUUGACCUACAUGCAUGCUCCAGGUCUUCCGCCUUUAUACUUCAUACUUCACUAUAAAUUACUCAAUAUCCAAAAAGCAGUCGAUACCAGCCAAUCAACCAGUUCGAACACGGACGAGGCGUGCCGGGUGGGCGGAGUAAGCGAGGUGGGCGGGGCCAGUGAGGUGGGAGAGGUGGCGACCGCGACCCUGAUCAAUCUGGAGUCCCCUGUGGCGGGCGAAAGUGAGGCGCAGAGGGAGGCGGAGGACCAGCUCGACUCCAUUGAGGCCAGCGACCAGUGGAACAGCGCCAGGAUGCACAUGUCUACAGUCAGCGCUGUUACGGACAUGGAGUGCAGCGUUGGGCGUUGCGUCGGCGCUGAGCUGGAGCUGGCGCAGGAGGCGGCGCCCUGACAGCGCGCCCCACCCCACGCCCCGCCCCACGCCCCGC